AUUAAAAUACGUAAACUCGUAAAGUAUUAACAAAGAUAAAAUAUCGCUGUCGAUAAUGUAAAUUCCUGUAUAUGCAAUUCUGUUACAUUUUAAAUCCAUAUUUAUCCGUUGAUAAUAUAUUUAAUCUACAUACUUUCUUGUCUAUAUUCAAUGUAUGUUCUGUUUAUUUUUUGAUCAGUAUUAUUAUAAGUAAGAUUCAAAUAUAUAUUUUGACAUUUCCGAUUGAAAGUUAAUUUUUCUACAAUUAAAAUGCCAUGUGAAAUGAUAACACUUCAACUUGGCCAAUGUGGCAAUCAAAUUGGAUUUGAAUUUUGGAAAAGAUUAUGUGCAGAGCAUGGCAUCAGUCCAGAAGGAAUUUUAGAAGAUUAUGCCAUAGAUGGAACUGACAGAAAAGAUGUCUUUUUUUAUCAAUCAGAUGAUGAACAUUAUAUACCACGAGCUGUAUUAUUAGAUUUAGAACCUAGAGUCAUUCAUACUAUUAUGAAUUCUCCAUAUUCAAAACUCUAUAAUCCAGAAAAUAUCUAUUUAUCGAAACAUGGUGGUGGAGCUGGUAACAAUUGGGCAUCUGGUUAUCAUCAAGGAGAAAAAUUACAAGAAGAAAUUUUUGAUAUUUUAGAUAGAGAAGCAGAUGGAAGUGACAGUUUAGAGGGUUUUGUCUUUUGUCAUUCUAUAGCAGGUGGUACUGGUUCUGGUAUGGGAUCUUUUAUGUUAGAAUCACUUGCUGAUAGAUUUCCAAAAAAGUUGAUUGAAACAUAUAGCGUUUUUCCAAAUCAGGAUGAAAUAAGUGAUGUUGUGGUACAGCCAUAUAAUUCUUUACUAACACUAAAAAGAUUAACUCACUGUGCGGAUUGUGUUGUUGUCUUGGACAAUACAGCUUUAAAUAGAAUUGCAUCAGACAGAUUACAUAUACAGAAUCCUACUUUCACACAAAUUAACAAACUUGUAUCUACAAUAAUGUCUGUCAGCACCACAACACUUAGGUAUCCUUCGUAUAUGAAUAAUGAUUUAGUUAGCUUAAUUGCUCCAUUGAUACCAACUCCACGUUUACACUUUUUAAUGACAGGAUAUACACCUAUUACUACUGACCAGGAGGUACAUGGUGCAUCUGUAAGGAAAACAUCUGUUUUGGAUGUAAUGAGACGUUUACUGCAACCAAAGAACAUGAUGGUUUCUGCUGCAUUAGAUAGAAAUGCUGCUCACUGUUACAUAUCUAUAUUGGAAAUGAAAUAGGGUGAAGUCGAUCCGACACAAGUGCAUAAAUCUUUACAAAGAAUAAGAGAACGAAAGUUAGCACAAUUUAUACCAUGGGGACCUGCUAGUAUACAAGUUGCUCUUUCUAGAAAAUCACCAUAUAUACAAAGUACACAUCGUGUAUCAGGUUUAAUGUUAGCCAAUCAUACCAACAUAUCAUCGCUUUUUGAUCGAGCAUUACAACAGUAUGACAAAUUACGUAAGAGAGAAGCAUUUUUAGAACAAUUUAGAAAAGAAAAAAUGUUUGAAGAAAAUCUUGACGAAUUGGAUAGUUCAAGAGCUGUUGUUGAAAAUUUAGUCAAAGAAUAUCAAGCAGCAACUAAACUCGAUUAUUUAACGUGGAGUCCAACUAAAGAACAAUAAAAAUAUCUAAGUUAUUUAAUAUGCGUAGCAUAUUUCACACAAUUUAACACAUUACUUUUUUUUAAUCAUUUUAUAUUAAUACAAUGUUCUGCGUGUAUUUUAGUGCCAUACAACACUAUUCCAUUGCAAACUUAAAUGCAGUUGUUCUGAGAUCAUUAAUUAUCUAAUGAAGUAUUAACAUAGUUUUAUAUUAUAUAUAUAUAUAUGAACCAGUUAGUUUAAGUUCGCCAUAUUUUCUAUAAGAGUUGUUAUAAUAAUAAUAAUAAUAA